GUUAUCCUUCGAAGUAGAGGAAAGUACUCGACUGCGGGAGUGUUUGCGGACCACAUUCCGCCACCGUGGGGUUGUUGGUGUUGGUAGAAUAUGUAAAUAAUAUAUCUUCCCCACACUGAUCUCGAACUGUCUUCAACUCCAGCACUCCACGACAAUCAUCAAGAUAUACUACUAGUAGCAUUGUCAUAGCUAUCGAAAUCUGUGACUGCUAUUGAAAUUCUCUCGGGAGGGUCAGUUCUGCUUUACAAUACCGAAUAUAACCAGCAAGUUCAUCACAUACAUUCACCCAAAGUCAAUAUCAACAUUAAAAAUGCGUCUCCCAUACACCGCCGACCCGCCUCCCACCGGUACACCCGAGGAGGCUGAAAUCCUAGCUCGAGUACAAGCACGACGCGCCCCCCAUGGACUUCUCCCACUGGAUCGAGCCCUUAUGCACUCUUUCCCCGUUACAGAUGGCUGGAAUUCAUUUAUUGGUGCAAUACGCACUAAAACCAGUCUCACCACUGUAAUUCGAGAACUGAUCAUUUGUCGUGUAGCGGUGCUUAACGGCGCCCUUUUCGAAUGGGAGCAACACGCACCUUUGCUGGUUGAGGGUGGAUUCAGUGAUACAGCAUUGCAGGUAGUCCGCAACGCUGAAGCAGAUAUUAGUGAGAAAGUGAAGGAGGGAGUACUAAGUCCUACCGAAGGGGCGGUUUUGAGGUAUACGGAUGCUAUUACGAAGACUGUGACUGUGCCAGAUGAGGUAUUUCAAGCGGUCAAGGAUCAGUUUAAGGAUCGAGAGGUUGUUGAGAUUACGACGACUGCAGCAGCUUAUAAUUGUGUGAGUCGGUUUUUGGUUGCGUUGGAUGUUGGGGAGAAGAAUCAUUGAUUUGGAUAUCAAUAUCAGAUCUCGCAAGGAAGAUGCGAAUAUUACACCUUAAAAAGGCAGCCAAUUGUAACCAUAUACGGAGUACUCCGUACUCUGUAGACUCACAGCCGGAGCAUUAACUGUUGUCGGUCAAGUUACUUCUGUAUACAGGUAGGUAGUUGGUCUAUGUAUAAUAGU